CAACUAUCUCUUAGAUACAUUUCAUUUUUACUUGAUCAACUGUAUGCGAAUGUUUUUAUUGCGGUAGACGAAACGUAUAAUUUUUUUAAGUAAACCAAUUGUUGAAGUGAGUGUUAGUGGAGAAGUGGCAUAAUGAUCCUCAUACUUCUACUUUUGAUGCUUUGUGCGAAAUUCCACGAAGUUACCAUGGAUGACGGAACUUUAGUCAUGUUUGUCGAUACAGGAUUCCCGUGCAAUGAUGGCACUCAUAUCCGCCGACGUCAAAUAUGCAAUGGAAAAAGAGAAUGCUAUCAAAAUGAAGAUGAAAACUUUUGUUCCUACAAUCAAAGAAUCAGGCAAACGUUUGCUUUUGGCCAGAAUGCCACUCUGUAUUGCGAUGCAUCAACUGAAGAUAAAGAUGACAGCUUCUCUAAAGUGUCGUGGUUUGAUAGAAAGAAUGAACUUAUUCAUGGCUUUGAUGCAGAAAAAAAAUCAUCGACAAUUGCAACAAAUUGGUCUUCACCGACAGCGCUAAAACGAAAAGCUGGUUUCACGUCAACAACUCAACUAGCUGAUCUAACAAUUUAUAAUAUUACAAUAGAAGAUCGAGGUGUUUAUGAAUGUCUAGUGGAUUUUCAAUAUGCAUCCACGAAAAUAACAUAUAGUGAACUCUUUAUAGCAAUGAAUCCAUCAUCUGUAAAUAUUACAAACAAGCGAGAAUAUUUAUUAGCGGGAAAAUCUGUCGAUAUAGAAUGUCGAUCUGAAGGAUCAUAUCCGGUUUAUGAAAUAACAUGGUCGUUAGGCAGUCAAAAAUUGCGGAUUACUGAAGAAAACAAUGACACACCAUACAACGACAUGGUAAGUGUACUAACCUUUCAACCUUCAGCAACAGACGACGGAAGAUAUUUGACAUGUAGAUCACGUAAUCCACUAAAUGAUUUAUUUGGAGGUAAUGUGAUUGAAGAUAAAUGGCGUCUCAAUGUGCAAUAUACGCCGAUAUGUAAAAAAAAUGAGACCGAAAUACACCGUGCCCUCAAACAGGAAACAGUUUUACUGAAUUGCGAAGUUAACGCCAAUCCUCCUCCGAUAGAAUUUAUAUGGUCAUUGAAUAGUUCCGAUGAUAUGAAAUCAGACCAGGAACCAAAUUUUAUCGCAACGCAGCAGGAUCCGUUUUUCAACUACACGCCAAAAUCAGAUUCAGAAUUUGGUAUAUUAUCUUGCAAAGCCAGAAAUACUAUUGGAAAGCAAAUAACAGCGUGUUCUUUUCAAAUAGUCGCUGCUGGUAAAGUAUAGACGAAAUCACCGAAAAAAAGUGAAGGGAAUGGAAUCCACGCGACUGAAACAGUGUCAAUAGAGCAUAAUUAUGUAGAUAUAAGAAUUUAGUACCUAUACCUAUAGGCUAUAGUACAUUUAUAUAUAUAAACAUACUUUUACAGAAUUAAGUAUAGGAUUUCAGUUUAUAUAUAAUUUGCUACCUUUUUAAAAAGAAAACUUAAAAUUAUGGCAUUUCAAUUUUGUAUGCAAUUUUUGUAAUGUUCCUGUAGGGGAGAAUGAUGGGAGCUAAUCAGGUCUAAUCAGAUGUAUUCAAAUUGGGUGAGAUCCAAUCAAGUCGCCUUUAUCAGAUCUGAUCACGUCUAAAUAAAUUGAUCAGAUCUGAUUUAGAUCCAAGUAAACGCGAGCAAAACAUUCUUAUGGUGAAAAAACAAAAAAAUAAAAUAUAAAUCAAAAUGUUUUGUACGAGUUCAAUUUUAAAAAAACAUUCACGCAUUUAGCGUGAGAAGACCGACUUUUCUCUA